AUGCCCAAAAGUGGUGGUCGUCGGAGUGCGACGCUGCACGAGUGGGGAACGCCACUCACACGCAACGCUAGGCAUGUAUUAAUUCUGAAAGUACAGUCAGACAUCAUCAAUACUUCGAUUAGUUGGUUCACAUCGGACGACAUCGUAGACAAGAUCACAGAUGACGAGCCGCAAAGCGCUGAGCUACAGAUUCUGCCACAUCGUUCCACAACUCCCGUCUCGUCAGAGUCUACAAGUGCCGCGACUGCGAAUCGCGAUUUAACAACGUCGGCCCGAAGAAGAGAGGCGCCGUAUCACCGCCGUGCAAGCAGCAAGAAGCAGCUGUCACGUUUCCAGCGAAGGCAUGGUUUCCCUGCGUUAAUCUGGUUCCCACCUCUUCGUGUCCAUUGGCCGUACCCACGACCCACCGCCGCAUUCCAACUCCAGGAUCCCAUACUCGUGUCAACCAGAACAAAGAACCAUCAGACAUUCGAUGUCGCCAGCUCCAACAUCCGUGCCGCCCGCGCCCUCAGCACAGCACUCUCACUUCGUGACCACCGCUCCUAUACUGCAUACCGCCCUCCUUAGUUCCAGUCCGCCGUUUCUCCUCCUGCACCUGCCUCCUCCCAUCACUCCCCUACGUCUAAAGCAGCCGCCAAGCGCCCUCAAACAAACGCGCUCCAAUCCCUCCGAAUCACGUACCUUUCUCGAAUCGGCUAGCACCUCGUUGCGCAAUCACACACUCUCGAUCCCUCGCCUCAUCGCCAUCACGCCCCACGUGCAACCCUCAAUAUAUUGCCAAACCACCGCCGGAGCCACGUCCGCGCUGGCACGAGACUUGCU